CUGCAGCUGUAGACUAAAGUCUUACUUCAGUGACUUAUAUUCUUUCACAAUUCUACGACACUCCCCUUAUAUUUGGAUUGGCUAUGAGAUGUGCAUAUAUUAUUUUACUAGCCAAUGGUAGGGCUUGCGCGGAAUUUCAAACAUCAAAUCAAAAGCAGUUGUUCGCCUCAGAGUCCGGAUACAGAAGUACCCUCAACAAGGUAAGUUGCUUAGAAGAUGCCUCUUUACGGUAAAAUAAUUGUCAUACAGCGAGGUGGCGAGGAUGGCACGAUGUUCCCACUGACCGCCGCGUGUUUGUUUGGAAGGAAAAGUGACUGCGACAUCCGCAUUAAACUGCCCCAUGUGUCUAAAGAACAUUGCUGGGUUGAGAUAAAUGAGAACCGAGAGGUUGUAUUGACUAAUUUGAGUUCAGUGAACCCCACCUGCAUCAAUGGUGUACCAAUGCAGCAAUCUGAACGCCUGAAACACGGCGAUGUAUUCACCGUUAUCGAUCGCUCUUUUAGGUUCGAGGCCCCUCCACCACCCACUCCAAAGAAGAAGAGAUUGACCACGGCAGGAAAGGGAGAAACUCUACAGGUCCUACAAGAACAAGAAAGGGAUUCACUGGCUUCAGCUGAGAAAAGUCAGUCCAUCUCAGCCCCUGACUCCUGUCUGAAAGAUGAGGUCGUGGUUGCUGCGGUACCGGAGCCUGUUGAGAUGCCAGCCACAACAACAGAAGACAUAUCUGAGACCCCUGUGUCUCAGGAAGAGUCUGCUGUUGUUGAGAUGCCAGUCACAACAACAGAAGACAUCUCUGAGACCCCUGUGUCUCAGGAAGAGUCUGCUGUUGUUGAGAUGCCAGUCACAACAACAGAAGACAUCCCUGAGACCCCUGUGACUCAGGAAGAGUCUGCUGUUACCGCCGCCCCAACGACCCCAGAAGGGAAACUGGCAGAAGCUUCAGCGGUGGCGGAAACUGUUGCCGUGCCAACUGUCGAGCCUGAGGUGGAGAACAACGCACCAGUUCCAGAGACUGAAGAACUGUCGGAACCUGUAGCAGAGGCUGCUCUGGAAAGAGAGCCUAGCACUGAGUCUUCCGAACCUGCUGCUUCAGUUCCAGUUAUUGAAGAACCAGCAAAACCUGUGGCUGUCAAACCCAGACGUGGGCGCAGUGUCAAGCUGGCCUCUGCUAAAGUCCAAGGAGAUGAAGCCAAGGAAAGCGAGCCCAAAGAUGAAGACAAGCCUCAGGUCCCUGUUGCCAAGGCUGGGCGCGGGAGGAGGGCCAAGCAGGCUCCUGUUGAAGAGGUUGAGCCCAAAAGUGAUCAUCCCUCUGAGGAGCCCGAGGAGAAGCCCCAGGCUAAAGUCACCAAAGCAGGACGUGGCCGGAAGGCGAAGCAAGCUCCUGUUCAGGCUGAAGAAAUGCCACAGGAGAGUGUGACUCAAACUGCUGUUCAGCCUGUUGAUGCUGCCCCUCCUGUCGUCCGAUCAGGACGUGGGCGUAAGGCCAAGCAGGCACCAGUCCCAGAGAGUGAGGCAACAUCUGAGGCCGAGCCUGUCGUUGAACCCAUCCCUGCUGAGGUAACAGAAGAGCAGCCGCCGGCAGUGAAGUCGGGGCGCGGUAGAAAGCUAAAGACCACACCUGCCCAGGUCCAGGUAGAGGCUUCAGAGCCCAUCGCCACCGCUGAGGAAUCUGCCAAUGAGGCCCCUGUCAAGAGGGGCAGAGGAAGGUCUGUCAGAAAGGGGAAGGCAGAUUUGGUCAUGACGAACGAUAUUACACCUGCUGAGAUUGAGGAGGAACCUCUGAAAAAGAAAUCAAAGCGUGGCUCAGCGCCAGCCGCCACAGAUGGCACUGAAGAAGCCUCCGCUGUAGAGGUCAAGCAGGCGCCCAAGGGCAGAGGUGCCCAGAGAGGACGAGGGGCAAAGAAAACCACUGAACCAGCACCAGCAGAAGAGGAGGAGGAAGCCAAACCAGAGGAUGCUGAGCCUGUUGCUAAGACAACAGGCAGGCGAAGCAGGGCAGCAGCCACAAAGGUCAAACCUCAACCAGACCAGGAAGUAGCUGCUCCUACACCAAAACGAGCAGCUAUGAAGAAAGAAAUAGCCGAAAAGGCAGAGGAGCAAGCAGUCAACGCUGCAUCAACACCUGUGAGAAGGCGAGGAAAGGCAGCUACACCCGCAGAACUUCAGACGCCCGCAACUCUCAAAGGGAAAAGAGGAGCAGCCAAGAAGGCUGAGGAGGUGACUGAAGCAGUCACAGAGAAAAGCAAACCCCCCUCAAAGGCAGCCCCCAAAACCAUCAGGGGGAAGAGGAAAGCCGCCCUGGAGGCCGAGGCCUCCCAAGAUGAUGUGUCAGCAGAGGUUGCAACCAAGGCUGAGUCCAGCAGCUCCAGAGGCCGAGGCCGGACCCAGAAGAAGGCUGCGGAGACGGAGGAAGCGGCUGCUCCUGCAGAGGCUGCCCCAGCCAGGCGCAUCAGGAAGAGAUGAAGCACUGACUCCCAUGGCCAGUUGUAAAUAAUCCACAGAUGUAAAAACAGAGACCUUAUUUAUAUAUAUGUAUUUUUCUAACAGGUGAUUAUGUUGACUUUCAUGAUUUUUGUUGUUGUUUUUGUGCUGGCACUUAGACUCUAAUUAGAACUAUGAUUAGAACUAUGAAUUAGUUAUGAUAAAUAUAUCAUAUAUAUAAGGACUCAUGUUUACCUUUUACGCUGUAUUUUAAUCUGAGUGGUGGUUUUACUCCAGGGACCUAAAAAAAAAAAGGAGCUGAUGUUUUAUUUUAAAGUUUUUUUUUUUUUUUUUUUCAAAUGGAAAAGAGAAAUUAGAAAUUGAGGAAUGUGAAAACGAGUUAACAUGUCAACCAUGUGAAACGGUUUGAUCCCAGCAGGCAGGUGCUGAUUUUAAAUGGACCAUCUAGUAUUUACUACCGUUAAUUAGGGGUGGGGAAAAAAAAAAUCGAUUCUUCGAUUUUUCUCGAUUCUCUAGAACGAUUCUGUUUCGAUUCAGACAAGUUCAUAAUCGAU